AUGGAUGCCAACAAAUUAUUUGACGCUUUCGUUGCAGCUACAAGCUUUACUAAAAUUCAGCAAUUAUUCUCUCAGCUCUGUGCAUUGCUAGAUAUCGAUCCAUAUGAUAAUUUCAAUGUUUUUAAAAGAUUGAAAACAGUACUGAAUGAUUGGCGCGCGCAGAAGCUAUGGUCACUGUUAGAAAAACGGGCCGAACAAAAGGAAUAUUGUCACCAAAAGGCGUGCGAACGUUUAAGUGUGCUUGUCAUUGGAGCUGGACCAUGCGGCUUGCGAUCGGCAAUUGAGUGUGCAUUACUGGGAGCUUACGUUGUGUUGGUGGAACAACGAGAUUGUUUUUCAAGAAACAAUGUUUUGCAUAUCUGGCCAUUUGUUAUACAGGAUCUCAAAAAUUUAGGAAUCAAAAUAUUUUAUCCAAAAUUUUGUCGCGGUAGCAUCGAUCAUAUAAGUAUACGCCAAUUGCAAAUAUUUUUGGUGAAAAUUGCAUUGGUUCUGGGUGUUCAAAUACAUGAUUCUAUCACUUUUCAACAUCUUAUUUUUCCCAAACCUAACGAGAAUGGGAUAGUUGAAGGAUGGCGAGCAGAAUUUAGUCCUCCAAAGCAUAUUCUGUCGGAUUUCGUCUUUGAUGCUUUAAUUGGUGCCGAUGGAAAACGUAAUACUGUGCCAGGCUUUCCGAAACGGGAAAUGCGUGGCAAAUUGGCAAUUGGAAUAACUGCAAAUUUUGUGAAUCAACGAACGCUUGCUGAAGAAAAAGUACAGGAAAUAAGUGGUGUUGCUUACAUUUUCAAUCAGCAAUUUUUCAAAGAUAUGAAAGAAGCGACAGGUGUCGAUUUGGAGAAUAUUGUUUACUAUAAAGAUGAAACGCAUUAUUUUGUAAUGUGUGCUAAAAAACAAAGCUUGUUGGAAAAAGGCGUCAUUAUUGAGGACAAUGAGGAUGUGUCGCUUCUUUUAUCGCCUAAUAAUAUAAACCAGGAAAAGUUAUGUGAUUAUGCGGCAGAAGCAGCCGAUUUUGCUACAGGCGGUAACCUUCCUAAUUUGAAAUAUGCACGAAAUCACAACGAUAAUGAAGAUGUUGCAAUGUUUGAUUUUACAUCAUUGUUUUCGGCACAGUGUUCGGUACGGCUUGUUGAACGGUAUGAUCGCCGAUUACUAAUGUCGAUUGUUGGGGAUAGUUUGCAUGAGCCUUUUUGGCCUACAGGCUCGGGAUGUGCGCGAGGGUUUUUGGGCGUUUUUGAUGCGAUCUGGAUGUUGAGAGGUUAUGGGUUGAAUGUGCAAGGUCUGAUGGUACUUCUCGCUGAACGUGAAAGUGUUUAUCGAUUACUGGCACAAGCGAAACCGGAUAAUCUGCAUAAACAGACUCAUAAAUAUACGAUUGAUCCACGAACACGUUACAUUAGUCUGGAAAUGGCAGUGCAGCCUCAUGAAAUAAGUCAUCUUAUUGAUACGGAUAAUCCACGAAAUGUGGAAACAAAUCAGGCUUUAUCACUACGAGCUGCUAAAGCAUCUGAUUGUGUCAGUGAAGCAUAUAUUAAAAGAUAUAAGUUAUGGAAGUUCUGUCACCAGUCGCUUGCUGCAUAUCAUUUGCACAUUUUCAACUUCCUGGAGUGUUGGAACGAUGGACGCGCUUUAGCUGCUUUAUUAGGAAAAUUUCGUCCAGAUUUGGUGGAUUAUUUAUCUCUUUGCGCUAUUGAUGAUCCUAAUUCGAUGCUUGAGAACGUAUUUGCUGCAGUUAAAAAGGAGUAUGGCAUUGAACCACCUUGUAAAAAUCAUGCAGAAUGGUCUGAUAUAAGCGUAGAUGCACGAGUUGUCUAUAUAGGCAGUAUUGUUGAAGCACUAAAAAAUGAUUCGCAGAGAAUGCGGGAAUCUCUAAUGAAUGCUAUUAGAACUAGUACAAUAUCUCACAAGCGGAAGACACGACAGGUAGAUACUUCUCGUACGAAGAAAACCGAACCAAUCCGUCGGAAAGCAUCCGAUCUUUUAAAUGCUUUUUCAUCAACUACUAUAUUGAAUGCAAAUGUUAAACGAAUGAUGAAAGGUUUUAUGGAGGACAGGCAGGAUAUUGAUGUAGAAGAGAUCCGAGAUGCAAUAACAGACCUAAGUGAUGAUGAGAAAUGCAGCUAUUCCUGUAAACGCUUAGACCGAAAUGUUUUCACACGAUCAACCGGAUCUCAACCUGUAAAACACAGGACCAGGCGACCAGUCGUUGAGAAACUAAAUCCUGAGCGACUAUAUGCCGUCGAGAAAAUUGUAAGUGGUAGACUGGAGAGGGAGAAGACAGAAGAAAUAUAUCGGAAUAAACAGCGACUGGCAAAUGUUUUGACGAGGAAAAUGGAUAAACGCGACAUUGAUGAAAUGAAAUUAAAACUAAAGCAAACUGCUAUGGGCUUGCUUUUCAAUAAGGAACAAUAUCGGGUUCUGACUUCCAAGGAAGAGAAAAUCAUCUGCACGAAUGCGGCAGCGGCCCGGCGAACUGUCAGUGAAGGCUUCAAACAUGAUGAUGAAAAAUAUAAGGAAAUUGAUGAAAGGUUAUCAAAAGCGGAAGCGUUGUUGAAGAACCAAAAUCUGGUUGGAAUUGAUAUUGUCUCCAGAACAAAAAAUAAAAAUGUUGCGGCAGCAAAUAAUGGAAGUAAACCAGUAAGUAUUAAUAAACCUCCACCACCUCUGCCUCCAAAAAAGACGAUUUCACAAGAAAACAGAAUUAAUUCAUCAGCCUCGCAUCCAGAAAAUCAAAAUGUUCUUUUUCGGAAUAAGUCGUUAUCUCCAAGUAAUUUUUCGAGGCCUUGUUCGGUUGCUAUUAUGCAGUUAUCAUGCGAUAGUGUUAAUGCUCGUCGACAAAUAAUCUGUCAGCUAUGUUUAAAAGUUGUUUACUUAGCUGAGCGAAUGCAGGUGGAGGGAAUGUACAUCCACAAAAAGUGCUUUCGUUGUGCCUUUUGUGAGCAGCCGUUACGCCUCGGCAAUUGCGCCCAAGAUCGAAAUCUCCGGAAUUUGAAUCCUAGAUUUUUUUGUAUGCAGCAUAUAAACAUACCAGUUCUAGAAAAGAUUGCACGGAUAGAGAAAAAUGGUUGCAAAGGAAGUGAUACUGUAGGGCCAUCUUCAUCAACACUGAAUGAUAUGUUGAAUACUAUCAAUGGAUAUAACACGUCACGUAUAAAUGAAUCUACGGUAGCAUCUACUGUGCAGCGAACUGGACGAAAUUCACCGUCCAUGCUCCUGGGCAAGACAAUGGACAAAAUGCGAGCCCAAAAAGAAGCAAUUAGUGCAUCUCUGUCAUCACCACAGGGUCAUAUGACACGAGAGCGCACCGAAUUUGAAAUAUACAGUCAAAAGAAAAUUACAAAAGAAAAAGCAGCUUUAACCAGCAGCAAUGGAACUUGUUCAAAUGGUGACGACAAUUCCAGUAGCGAGGAAUUAUUAGAGGAUGAGGAUGAAUAUUUAUCUCCUUGUAAAGAUCAUGAGGAUGAUGACAUUGAUGAUAAUGAUAGUAACUUCAUGGAAGAUGAACUGAUCGAUUUGGAAUCAGCCAUACUGGAAAAUUUCGACAGAAGUAUAGAUAGAUCAUUAACUGAAGCACGGGCAUUGGAACUUUUGAAAACACUUAAAGAACGUCGGCAACAAAAAUUCUUGGAAGAACAUCCAAAUGUUCCGUUAUUGGAAGAAAAAUGCAAGAAGUCUAAUGAAAAUUUUGAUGCAACUGUUACCAAAAGCAGAAGCGAAGUGACAGAUGUCACGACUGUUGAGUCACCGAAAUUAGUGACAGCGGAAGUAUUGGCUCCAUUCAUGGAAAUUAAAGAACAAAGUGACACAAAGAUUAUGUUAAAAACUGAUGAAUCAGAAUUAUGCAGAACCAGUAAACGUCAUUCGAUACCCAAGCAGUCCUCGAUAGUUGUAUCACGUUUCCCUCGCCAUCUUUCUCUGGAUCUUAGUCAAAAUAAUAUUGAAAAGAUUUAUACAAUGCCUUCAAUGGAUGGAUCUAAUUUUGCUCAUUCUUCAUCUCCAACGAAUGAUGUUUGUUCUCAGAAAAUAGCUGUAGUUCAUUCACAAUCAACUACGCAGUCAAAUCUUGGUCUGCUAGCCCAAUUGUUUAGUGCUGAGAGACUCAAGGCUGUGCAAACUACUAACAAGACAGAUCGAGCAAUCAAUUUUUCUGCGAAUUCGUAUGAUGAGGAUUCCAAUUUAUGUGGCACAAAUGUCAAAAAGCAAGAAAAUGGUGGCUUGUUACGUAAAUUUCCAAGCUUCCGAACACUGCGAAUGCAGAAAGGAGAAAAGAUGCUCCCUCGGUGUGCAAGCACUCCAGCCUCUCAAGCACUCAGUACUUCAUCGGCGAAGAAACAUUCAAAUUUUUAUCAAAGUACGGCUUCCUCUUCCCAUUCUGCUGUUGACAAUAUUAACACUUAUUCACCUGAAAACAAAUUGUCACCUACGUUGUUUACAAGAAAAGAUAUCCGCCGUGUCCAGAAACUAGCUGAAAGAAUCUUGAGACAAAAAGAACAAGAGCGCAUUAAUGCAGCACAGGAUUUGCAACGUGAGUUGCAGGAAAUUGAUGUUCGAAAACUGGAAGUGGAAGCAGUGGCUGGGGAUUUAGAAAGACGGCUAUGUGAUGAUGCAGAAAAUUUGUGGAUACUGGAGCAGUGGUUGUUGUAUGUACAGGAAAUGGUACAAUUGAAACAGCGUGAAGAAGAGCUGAAACUUCGAGUAUCUGAGUUUGAAAUGAACGAAGAAUAUAAAAGUCUUCAACUACAGCUCAAGGAAGUUCAGGACAUUAACGGAGGAGUAUUAAUUGCUUCUGAUAGUCAAGCUGAGAAAUCGAUACUGAAGAAGACAGUGGCAAUUUUAGAAAUGCGUGAUGCCAUACAGAAGCAGUUGAAAGUAGUCAGAGAAAGGACUUGCCAACAAAAAGUAAUGGAACCAUCAACGCUGAUCGGGUUGAAAGGAGCUUCUUAUCACAAUUUCAAACCGGUUUUCAUUUAA